AUGGGUCUAAUGAAUGGUUCGAACAAUGAUGCGGACGUAAAGCUGUUAGGAGCAUGGCCUAGCCCUUUUGUCCUGAGGACUCGGAUCGCACUUAACCUAAAGCAUGUAGCGUACGAGUAUCUAGAAGAGGAAGAUACUUUGAAUUCUGAGAGCGUUUUAAACUAUAACCCCGUCCAUAAACACAUCCCUAUACUCAUCCAUGGAAACAAAUCAAUCCGUGAAUCCCUCAACAUCGUCAUGUACAUCGAUGAGACUUGGCUCUCCGGUCCUCCCAUCCUUCCCUCUGAUUCCUUUGAUCGUGCUGUUGCUCGCUUUUGGGAUGUCUAUGUCGAUGAACACUGUUUCACAUCAAUCAAUGGAGUGGCAGUAGCAAAAGACGAAGAGGAAAGAAAGGCGGCGAUAGCGAAUCUAGAGCAAUGUAUGGCUUUAUUAGAAAAAACGUUUCAAGAAUGCAGCAAAGGGAGAGGCUUCUUUGGAGGAGACAACAUCGGAUUCAUCGAUAUAGGUUUCGGGUCCAUGUUAGGUCCUCUUAAGGUUCUUGAGAGAUUUACCAGCGUCCAUUUCAUACAUCCGGAAAGCACACCAGGCUUUUUCCAUUGGGUGGACAGAUUCUACGCCCACGAAGCAGUCAAGCCGGUCAUGCCGGAUAUCGAAAAACUGGUCGAGCUCGCUAAGCUCAAGUUCAAUACUUCAAUCUUUAAAUGA